AAAAGGUCUCUUAAUUUGAUUGUUCGUCGCGUGGGUAUACUUUAUAUUAUAUCAUUUAUAUUAUAUAUUAUUCAAUUAUUGUGGUGUAAUAUAAUUAUAUAAAUAAUAAAUUAUAAAUUAUAAUCUUGUUGCUUAUUUCUAUUUUCUUAUUAUUUAAUUCCAAAUUCGUAUCUCAUUUCACAGUUAACAAAAUCUUUCUUAUAUAGGUGUAUUGCAAUAUUUUUAUUAAGAUUUAUAAUAAUAAUAAUAUUACAUCUACCUACCACUAAAUAUUUUAUAUUAAAAUUGAAAUCAUAAAUAUGGCUGUAGAUAUGGACUUAAAAAAUGCAUUCAAAGAACUUCAUGAAAAACUAUUAUAUGCAUCUCAAAAAAUAAAAUUGGCUGAUUUGCAAAUUGAUACUCUUCGACGUACAAAACAACAUAAUAUUCUUACCAAGCAAGAACUAGAGAAAAUUCCAAAAGAUGUGAACACAUACGAAGCUUUAGGUCGUGCAUUUGUAUUAACACCAAGAGAUGAAGUAUUUAAAAACUUAGAUAAAGUUAACAGCGAUACAGAUCAAAAAAUUACUGUCUUAGAAAACACUAAACAAUACUUGGAAGGUAAUUUGAAAGAGAGUGAGAAUAAUUUGCGUGAAAUGGUGCAACGCAAAAGAGAUGUUGGCAGCGACAAAGAAAAUCAACCAGGCAGUUCUAAAUAAUAAAAUCAUUUAAAUUUGGCUUUUCUUUAAACUCUUAUUUAUUAUAAAUUAACUCCACGGUUAGUAAUUUUUGUUUUCUAACACUUUUAACAAUACAUUUGUUUACUUACCUACCUGAAAAAACCAAUUAAUCAUAUUACUUAUAAAGUUAUAAAAUAUAAUAAAGUCAUUAUAACACUAUUUUAUUUUUUUUCGUUGCUAUCCAAAUUUAAAUUUUAAAAAAUGGGUAAGUUGCUCUGCUAACUUGCUGUAUAGUAGGCGUUUGCUCAUAAUUGAGUAAGUCACUGAAAUGGAUGUAUUAAAUAUUUAAAUUUAAAUUACAAUUAUGAAAAUAUACUGCCAGUAUUUAUAUCUAUUGA